GCCUCCUCCCGCGCCCUUCUCCAGUCUGCAACUCACCUUGCCUAGACUCAAGUUUCCAUUUGCCAACAGAAGAGUAUAGCAUACAAAUAGCAUAUUUUUGUCGAUUGAAAUUGCUUCCAGUUCCCGGUUGCUGGUUAUUACCGAUCACACUUCCGUCACCCAAAUAGUACUAGUGACGCAUCAAGCUUUUAGCCAUUCGACUACCAUCAUGAGGGCCAUUCAGGUCACCGAAUAUGUGAAGGGACCUCUGGAACUCGGAGUUGUUACACUUCCUACCCCUUCCCCGUCUCCGACGGAUUACCUGAUUGAGAUACACUCGGCGGGUACCAACUUCUUCGACAUCCUACAAAUUCAAGGCAAAUACCAACAUCAACCUCCCCUACCCUGGGUCGGAGGUUCGGAAUUUGCGGGUACAGUGCUGGCCGUGCCCACCUCUCCAACAACGCCGCCACGGUUCGCUGUUGGCGAUCGAGUCUUCGGCGCAACGCAGGGUGCCUACGCCACUCACGUUCUCGCUCCCGAACCAUCCUUGCUACCUAUCCCGAGCGGUUGGACUUUUGAGGAUGCUGCUGGUCUCUUUGUCACGGCCCCGACAUCCUACGGGGCCCUCGUUCACCGGGCAAACGUCCAGGCUGGUGAGUGGGUGCUGGUGCACGCGGCCGCCGGCGGCGUUGGCCUAGCCGCCGUGCAGAUCGCCAAAGCCAAGGGGGCGACGGUGGUCGCGACGGCCAGCACCGAGCGAAAGCGGCAGAUCGCGCGACAGUUCGGCGCGGACCACGUCGUUGAUUACCGCGACAAGAGCUGGCCGGACCAGGUCAAAAAACUGUGCGCGCAACACCGUACGGGAAACGGCAAGGUGGGCGUCGACAUUGUCUAUGACCCUGUAGGACUGAUUGAGGCCAGCCUCAAGUGUGUCGCUUGGAACGCGCGUUUGCUGGUGAUCGGAUUCGCGGCGGGCAAGAUCGAGAAGGUCGCGUUGAACCGGGUGCUGCUCAAGAAUGUUAGUCUGGUCGGAUUGCACUGGGGCCAGUACGCCCAGUUCGAGAAGGAGACGGUCCAGUCUGUUUGGGCCGGCAUCUUCGACCUCGUCGCGCAAAGGAAGUUCAGGGGCACUGCCUUCAAGGACGAGACCUUCGUGGGCCUAGAGAGUGUUCCCCGUGCAUUGCAGGGGCUGGGUGGAAGAGAAACCUGGGGAAAGGUGGUGGUGAAGGUCAUUGAUGAUGAGGCCGAAGCGGGCAAGAGUAAACUCUGAGUGCAGAACUACCAGCCGAAGUCCAGUCGUCUCUACCUUACAUUACAACUUAACCAGAGGUGAGGAGGUAUAUCUUGGGAGCAAUAUGAGAAAGACUAUGUAAAUUCUUGAUAAUAACCAUCUGAAGACGACUGUGUGGUAAUGUAGGUGCGCAAGGAGUCAUGCUCUCGUAGGAAGUGUAACACGCGAGCAACAUGAACUAUGAAGGCCCUAGGAACUUUCUCUAGCAACUGUUCAUCUGAUAUUUCAGAUGGAGGAGCAAGAGCCCCAACAAUCCAGCUCCAGUCGGCCACAGCCACAGGACGUGACAUGCGAUGACUGUUCUUCAAGAGAGUCCGUAGGAGAUGCUCAAACGCUGUUUCAGCCCGGAGGCGUGAAAUUCAACGAUCAAUGCGAGACAGCUGGAUUGCAAAGUUGCAGAUA